AUGAAGACAGGCGCUGCAAUCUUCGAAGCCAACCGCAUCACCGCCGCCGCCUCACAAAGCCAACGCCCAACCGCCUCCAAUGUGUCCACGAUGUCAACGGACAUUCCGGACGCCAAUUUGACUUGUUGGACACCUCUGGAUCAACUGCAGCACCCGGACCGCACCAACCGUCGUCUAUCCGUCCACCUCUCCCACGCCGUCAAAUAA